AGUUAAGUUUGUUUUGAAACGACAAGUGGCUUAUCCACAUUUAUAUAACUGAGAAAUCAGCAGCAAAGACGUGUAGUCUGUAGACUGUAGACAUUAAGGCUUUCUUAGAGAAAGGCAGGCAUGGAAAGAGAGGCAGAGGCUGCGAAGGAGGGAUUGGCGUUGGGAGGAUGGCAGCCUUGUGAAGAUAUCAUCAACUCUACCACCAGGUCCACUACCACCACCACAAUUACUACAGUUGGUACUGGUUUGUCCUCAAAGUAUAACAAUGGAGCUAAGUUUCUAGUUUGUGAAGAAGAAGUUUCAGGUGAAUCCUCAUUUGGAUCUUUUGCAUUGAAGAAUGGAGUUUCAGGUGAAUCCUCAUUUGGAUCUUUUGCAUUGAAGAAUGGAGGUGCUAAUUUUGAUGAUUCUAAGACAACCCCUGAACAUGUCAUAUUGGAUCUCACAGCAACAGCAUCUGCCAUUCAAGGUGCAGCCGAAAUUAACCCUGAAGAUGAGGAUCAUUUUAAGACAGAUCUGUAUCUUGAUACAGUUAGCACGAAGCCAGAGAACUAUAAUUUUUACUGCCCUAAUUGUAAAGCUUGUAUCGAGAAGGUCCUUAUUCGCAAUGAAGAGGAUAUGAGGUGCCCAACAUGCUUGGAGUGUGUCAAAUUUAUAGGCGGUUGGGUCCUUCAAAAGAUCACUAGAGAGAAACCAGAGGAUCCUGUUAGUCCACGACCAACACCACCACGAACAAACCCAGAACCCAAUGUUGUAAUUCUUGUGGGUGAUUCUUCGAAGCAAAAAAGACUGCCGCCAUCAUUGCCGCCACCAAAAAGUCCUAUAAAGUGGGAAAUCCUUAAAAGUACUGUCUAUGGUGGUUUAAUUGAAUCAAUCACAAGCUUAUCUGUUGUGACAUCUGCAGCUAGUUCUGCUGCUGCCACAUUGACCAUUGUAGCCUUGGCACUGGCAAACCUGAUUGGAGGACUUUUCGUCAUUGGUCAUAAUCUUAGGGAAUUAAAGAAUGAUCAAUCUAGAGUGGUCUCGAAUCAAGAAGGUGAACAAGCGGAUCGGUAUGAAGAAAUAUUGGGGCAGAAAACGAAUUUCAUUAUUCAUGCCUCAGUUGCAGUAUUAUCAUUCCUUGUUUUUGGCUUAGUGCCUCCACUGGUGUAUGGCUUCUCAUUUUAUGAGAGCGACAACGAGUACCUUAAGCUCGCAGCAGUUGCAGCAGCUUCCCUUUCAUGCAUCACAGUACUUGCCAUUGCCAAGGCUGCCAUCCACAACCCACCGGUUUCCAAGUAUAUAACAACUGUGCUGCACUACCUUGCAAUUGGGGUUGGGGCCUCUGGGAUUUCUUACUUGGCAGGUUACCUGUUGGGGAAACUCAUUGAGAAGCUUGGUUGGUUCCAGUCAACUGCAGCUGUCAGUCUGCCCCUUCCUGAGAUGAGCUCAGUGAAACACACAUGGGGAUCCUACUAAUUAAUUAUGUCAUUGUUAUCGAUAUAUGGAUGCUACAGUGCCACAAACGUUGUCGAUAUCAGUGAGUUUUUGCUUUUCUUUGAACUUCUGCCUUAUUAACAUCGGUGAUCUGAAGUAUAAUGUGAAUCCUGAGCCAAAAUGGCGUCCCAUUGAUGUCGUUGGAUAUGAGAAAUGACUGUAGCAGUGGCUUUGAAUAAUAUCGUAGUCCCACAGAAUUAAUUCUAAGAAUCAAGCUGUCACUGUGAUAUUAGUGUUUAAUUUUAUUUAGGGUAAUUCAAUAAUAACGAACAUUGUCAUGUUAGACAAGUCAAUAAAACUUUGUUAUGUAAGUUAAUAAAUGGGUGUUGCCGGAA